CCAGCUGAUCGAUGAGUCAAAGGAGAGCUGCCGAAAGGAUCCACUUGUUGCUGAGCAGAAUCUGAACGUCAGCUGACAGCGGAGCUCCAAACCGAACCGGACCGGACCGCCUCUACUCCAGCCGCUGCCGCUACGCUGUCGGAUCUCAGGAAGUCUGGUUUGAUGUCUCCAUCAUUCCUGAAUUCAUGGCCGAGUGGACGCAUCGGUCUGGUCUGUGGACUCCGCCUCCUGGUCCUCUCACCGCUCCUCACAUCUGGCAGGCCCAGCAACUGCUCUCACCCUCUGGUGCCAGAACAUGGAGGCUUCCGCUGCAGCCCGUCUCCCUGCCGCGGCUUCCCCCCCAAGAGCUUCAUCCGGUUCUUCUGUGAGCCUGGGUACCACAUCAGCUCCAAGGAGCCCAACUCCAAGUGUCGCCACGGGAAGUGGUUCCCUCCCAUUCCCGCCUGCAUCAAAGAUGGUCCCAACAUGAGGUCCAGUGAGGAUGACUCCAUGCCCGGCAUGGCCACCACUGCGGUAGGCGUGUCCAUUUUUCUCCUCACCACCACCGCCUGCCUGGUCAUCAAGUCCCGCCUCUACCCUUGUCAGUCGUGCGGCAGCCGUUGCUCCUCUGACCAGCUGGACCUGAUGGUGGAUGGACUUCCUGUCUCCUUGCCGUCCUACGAGGAGGCCGUGUACGGCAGCUGGGGCCAGCGGAUCCCUCCCUGCUCUGCUCCUGGACCCACUCAGCUCCUCCUGGCCCAGGAGGCUCCAGGUCGCCCACUCUCCUCUCUGAACCACCAGCCGGAGAGCAGUCGCCCCCUCCUGUUGGACCAAAGCCCAGAGAACCCCCCUCCCCCUUAUGAGGAGGUCCAGUUGUCCUGUCCCAGAGACGGGAGGAGCAAUGGGAGCGUCCUGCAGCUUCCCCAGUCUCCCUCAGACGAUAAGGACACUUGAUUCCUCCUGCAGGAACUCAGAGGAUCUGAUGAAGAGACUGACCUCUGAACCUGUUCUGUCUUCCCGUUUCCGGGUUCCUGAGCAUCCGGACAAACGGGAAGCUGUUUGAGAUGAAGCUGACGAGCUCAGACAUGAAUGUGCAGCAUAGUGUGGAUGAAGAUGAUGGAUGUGAUUUGCACGCACGUCUUUACCAGGAUGAAGAGGGAUUUCUGCAGCGUGGAGGUGUGAAUUUAGUGUUUUCAGUGCCGUUCUGAAAACGUUAGUUUCUCCUGUCAGUGACGGGGUCCUUCGAGGCUGCGUGCUGUUACAGGAGGCUACGCGUUUCCAUGGCGACGGACCUCCUGUCUGAGACUUUUGCACAUGUCUGUUGUUGAUCUGAUCCUGGUGUUUCAACCUGCAGCUUAAAGGAUCGACUGCUGCAUUCUUUCAGCGAAUAAAGGUUUUUAUGAACGUUUUUGUUUCACAAAGUGCUAAAAACUCUCUCUAGUAAGCAGGAAGUAACAUUUCUAACAUAAGCUCGAUUUUAUGUCCUCCUCGCCUGAAGGCUCCUCUGCCUUCUCAGACUACGAAUGUAUUUAAUGUUUGAUUUUGAUGCAGCAAACAUGAACUAAUAUAUUAUUUACAGGAUUAUUUGUACAUUGUAAUAUUGCACAGAUCUAUUAGAAAAUAAAAUUGGAUGUUUUUUA